AUGAACAUCCAGUCUCUUCUCAACUCUCCCAGUGGCGGCAGUGGCGAGUAUCAGCGUGCAGCCCCUCCAUGUCCGCCGUCCGCUCAACGCUGCCUGGCUCACAGUGUCGUCCCAAAGAGACAGAAGCUAGCCAAGGACGCUCCGGUCUUCUCUGAAGGGACCAAGAUCGUCGGCCAUGUCAACUACCCCCCUCAUGAGGCUGGCAACGACCGCAUCCUUGAAGCUCGACAUCGCGAGUUUAGUGUCUUUCCACUCGGUCAGAUUCUCAAGAAGGGAGUGCGACACAUCCCUUACGCCAGCGACAAGAAGGACUUCCUUGACAAGACUGGCCGCGAUGCCUUCAAAGUCAUCCAAUACACGUUCAAGAGGCCUGGUGAGGACAGGGAGUACGUCGUCGUAUGGGACUACAACGUAGGUCUUGUUCGCAUGACACCCUUCUUCAAAUCGUGCAAGUAUCCGAAGACCGUGCCGGCAAAGGCGCUGAACCAGAACCCGGGCAUGAAGGACAUCAGCUACAGUAUCACCGGAGGAGCUCUGGUUUGCCAAGGCUACUGGGUGCCGUGGCAAGCUGCCAGGGAGAUCGCAGCGACAUUUUGCUGGGACAUCCGUUGGGCACUUACACCGGUCUUCGGCAACGAUUUCCCUCAAAUCUGCAGGCCUCCUCAUGACCGUAGCUUCGCCAAGUUCGUCAUCGACCCCGAGAUCGUGAGGUUCUGCACCUUAGAGACCGCUCGCUUUAAGGAGGAAGGUGCCUCAUACCGACUCUUGCAAUCAAAGGCACUGUCGCCGGUUAUGACACCGAUCAUGGCACCACCGACGCCAGUCUUGACUCCGCCGACAUGGAAGCAAGACGUCCUUCCUGUAUAUCCCGAAAGCGGCUACGGCACCGAUAUUGAGCGGAACGGCAACACCGUCUUCUCACCCCAAGUGUCUCCGCGAAGUCUCUACAUCGUCAGUCGUUUCACUUCAGUCAACGGAGCAGAGCCACCUACUUCGCCAAACACGACAUACUCCUCAGCCACGUGUACACCAGUCGUUGCAUUUGCUCCAACACCACUGAUGCUGCCGACAUCGAUUCCGGACGAACCAUACUGCAAAAGCUUCCGAACGAAGCGAACAUACUCGAAGGUGGCGUACAACGACAGUGACUGUGGUGUUGCAAAGAUCGAUACACCACACAAUGAGGUGCCAGAUCCCAUCCAGGACACCUGUCCGGCUGGGUCUCAUUCCCCCCGUACUCUCGAAGCAGCCGAGAUCUUGAUGUCGCUGAGUGUGGUGGCACGCAACGUAGCGGCGUUGCCAGAGCCCAAGCGCACUCGUCGUGACUUCAGGUCCUAG